UGGUCAGCAAAACGAUUUCAGUGUUCACAGGCAGCCUACCACCCUCUCUCACUGCCGUACUUUUGCACGACAGCGGAGAUACUGUCCUUCUGGGGAGACAGGGAGUGAAGUGCGUUUUUUUGCGCAUUUGUCUUUGGAAUAUACCAGGAGCACGUUGUUAUCUAAGAGCAGUCCCGUAUAUUUAAGCUGGACUACAAAGUCGUGUUUAUUUUCUUCGUAUGAGGACGCAGCAUUCAUCUAUUGUUUCCGACAUGGCAACCCGAGGCCAUCCCUUCCCUGGAAGUGUAAGAUGGCGAUUUUCUUCUACGUUACGAUGCCAAGUAGGGUUUGUCAUUUUGCUUAUAUUUAUGGUUGAAAGAGUAGCCGGUCAGAUUCGUUAUUCCAUUCCAGAGGAGAUGAAAAAAGGCUCCGUCAUUGGCAAUGUAGCACAAGAUCUCGGUCUGGAUCUGAAACGGCUCCGCUCUGGCCGUGCCCGUAUCGUGAGUGGGGAAAACAUCCAGUACACGGAGCUACAGACAGACAAAGGGAUUCUCGUCGUGGAUGAGAGAAUAGACCGAGAGCAGCUUUGUGGGGACGUGACACCGUGCAGCCUUAGCUUUGAAAUCAUUUUGGAAAAUCCAAUCGAACUUCAUCGAGUCACAGUCGAAAUUUUAGAUAUAAACGAUAAUACCCCUUUCUUUCCAAAUAAAGACAUUCAGUUUGAGUUAAGCGAAUCUGCUACAAUUGGAGCAAAAUUUCCUGUUGAAAGCGCAGUUGACCCUGACGUCGGAGUGAACGCGUUACAAAAUUACAUCCUGGCUCCGAAUCAUUAUUUUGUUCUCAAACAACAUUCAAAUCCAGACGGCAGUAAAUACGCUGAGCUGGUGCUGCAGAAGCCAUUAGACAGAGAGGAACACCCCAGUGUCUUUCUAAAAGUAAUAGCUGUUGACGGCGGAAACCCACAGAGAUCUGGUACGGUGGAUAUAAAGGUGACAGUUUUAGAUGCAAACGAUAAUGCCCCAGUAUUCAAUCAGUCCGUUUACAGGGCCGUCGUCGUUGAAAAUGCGCCUAAAGGGACUUACAUUACAACAGUGAACGCUACUGACACGGACAUUGGCAGUAACGGGGAAAUAAUAUUCAGCUUUGCGAAAAUCAAAGGCAAUAAGGUAGAUAUGUUUAGUAUCGAUGAAAACACGGGUGUCAUUUCAGUUACUGGACUUAUAGACUUUGAAAAAGAGAAAAAAUAUGAACUUAGGUUAGAGGCGAGGGAUCGAGGAGGUUUGACGGGGACCAGUAAAGUUAUAAUUGAUGUCAGUGACGUCAAUGACAAUGCUCCAGUGAUUAAUAUCAUGUCAUUUUCUAAUACUGUAUCGGAAGAUGCCCCUCUUGGCACAACAAUAGCUGUUAUCAAUGUGAAAGACGCCGAUUCAGAGAAAAACGGACAGAUAAAGUGUAGCACAGACAAAAUGCUUCCGUUUAAAAUCCAGUCGUCAUUAACCAACUACUAUAAUUUGGUAGCUGAUGAGCAUUUUGAUCGAGAGACGACCUCUGAAUACGACAUUACCGUAAUCGCGACCGACUCAGGGUCUCCUCCUCUUUCUAGCUCCGUCACAUUGCAGCUUAGAAUUUCUGACGUAAACGAUAACGUUCCAUUGUUUGACAAGAACUCAUAUUCUGCUUACGUCAUGGAGAACAAUUCACCUGGAAUGUCCAUCACCUCUGUCAGUGCGAGAGACUCUGACUGGAACCAAAACGCAAGAAUCUCCUACUUCCUGGAGGACGCGCAAAUCGGUGGCAAUCCAGUGUCUAACUGUGUGUCCAUAAACUCUGAAACUGGAGUUUUACAUGCAGUGCGUUCAUUUGAUUAUGAGCAAAUCAAAGAACUUCAGCUUGUAGUCAGAGCGCAGGAUGGAGGCUCCCCUCCUCUCAGCAGUAACGUGACAGUGAAAAUCCUGAUCCAGGACCAGAACGACAACCCUCCUCAGGUCCUGUACCCAGUCCAGACCGGCGGCUCUAUGGUGGCCGAGAUGGUGCCUCGUUCAGCAGAUGUGGGCUACCUGGUGACUAAAGUGGUGGCUGUUGAUGUGGACUCUGGGCAGAAUGCGUGGCUGUCGUAUAAACUGCAGAAAGCCACAGACAGGGCGCUGUUUGAAGUGGGCUUACAGAAUGGAGAAAUAAGAACUAUCCGCCAAGUGACUGAUAAAGAUGCUGUGAAACAAAGACUGAGUGUUAUAGUGGAGGACAACGGGCAGCCCUCUCGUUCAGCUACAGUCAUUGUUAACGUGGCGGUGGCGGACAGCUUCCCUGAAGUGCUGUCGGAGUUCACUGACUUUGCACACGACAAGGAGUACAAUGACAAGCUGACUUUUUACUUAGUGUUGGCUUUGGCUGUGGUUUCCUUCCUGUUCAUCACGUGUUUGGUGGUUAUUAUAUCAGUGAAAAUCUACAGAUGGAGACAGUCUCGCAUCCUGUAUGAGUCCAAGCUCCCUGUGAUUCCAUAUUAUCCACCACGUUACUCAGACACUUUGGGGACAGGGACUCUGCAACACGUGUACAAUUACGAGGUGUGCAGGACGACUGACUCCAGAAAGAGUGACUGUAAGUUCGGCAGAGCUGGUAGUCAGAACGUGCUGAUAAUGGAGCCCAGUUCUACAGGGACGAUGCAGCGGGUACAGAGUGACAAGAGCAUCCUGGACGAACCAGACUCUCCUCUGGAGGUGAGACUGCUGUAA